GUCAACGAUUUGACUAAGUACACACUGCAUCAAAUUGUUUGCUGGCGACCCCAUUCCGCGUGAGAACCCAGUCGCCGGAGAGCCCAGAUCCCGAGAAAACCGAGGGUGUCCCGAAGCCAACACCCAUAUCUCCCCCUUCGGCGGAACCGUCUAAGAAUUUCUUCUACUCCCUAAAAUGCCGAGUAUCAACGACAGCAGACAACAGGAGGCAGACGAAGCUUCAUGGGAAGCCAUGCGUGGCGCCGUCUACGGGGCGUUCAAAUGGGGCCUCCCGACUGCGCUGCUCGGCGGGCUCGGCUACGCUGUCUCGCCCGUAUACAGGGGGCUGACUAUCCAGUUCAAAGUGUACCUCCAGAUGUCAGGGAUGGUGCUGGGGAGUAUGAUUGAGGCAGACCACAGGUUACGGCAGUAUGAGGCGAGGGUGAGGAUGCAGAAGCGACUGGCGAGGGAGCAGGCUUAUUGGCAGAGCUUUGAGAGGGAGUAUGGGAAGGACGAGGAGGAGUAGGCCGGGGAUUUGGAUGGGGCGAGAUUCGAAGGUGCGUGUAGGAUACGUUGGCUAUUGUAUAUACGUCUCUUC